CUUGGAUUCGAUUCUUCUCUUCAUAAUCUCCUGUCCCUAUCCCCCACCCCUUUUGCUGUUUCCGUGAGCUUCCAUUAUUUAGGGGACAUAUCAUCCGCACACCCUCCAUUCCGCUUCUUGUACUCUACACUCUCUCACCAAGCAAUCUCCCUCCCCCUCUCCCGACAUAUAAUCUCGUUGCUGAAUCAAAAUGUCCGAGCUGCGCUUUGACAAUCAGACAGUUGUCGUCACUGGUGCUGGUGGUGGAUUGGGAAAAGCCUAUGCCCUUUUCUUUGCCUCGCGGGGAGCAAAUGUCGUUGUAAACGACCUGGGUAGCUCCCACAAUGGCCAGGGCAACUCAUCAAAGGCCGCAGAUGUCGUCGUAUCCGAAAUCAAAGCCGCUGGAGGCAAGGCGGUUGCGAAUUACGACAGUGUUGAGAAGGGCGACGCUAUCAUCGAUACCGCUAUCAAGAAUUUUGGUCGAAUUGAUAUUCUCAUUAACAAUGCCGGUAUCCUUCGGGAUAUCAGCUUCAAGAACAUGAAGGACCAAGAUUGGGAUUUAAUCAACACAGUACACACCUAUGGUGCAUACAAGUGCGCAAGAGCCGCUUGGCCCCAUUUCAGGAAGCAGAAGUACGGUCGCAUUAUAAAUACCGCUUCUGCGGCUGGUUUGUUUGGGAAUUUCGGACAGACGAACUAUUCGGCUGCCAAACUUGGCCAGGUUGGUUUCACUGAGACCCUCGCGAAAGAGGGUGCCAAGUACAACAUCAUUGCCAACGUUAUUGCGCCAAUUGCCGCUAGCCGCAUGACGGCAACUAUCAUGCCUCCGGAGGUAUUGGAGAACCUAAAGCCAGAGUGGGUGGUUCCCUUGGUGGCAUACUUGGUUCAUUCCUCAAAUACUACCGAAACUGGUGGUAUCUUUGAAGUGGGUGGUGGCCAUGUAGCUAAGCUACGUUGGGAACGUGCCAAGGGUGCUCUGUUGAAGGCUGAUGCUUCGUUGACCCCCGGAGCUAUUGCCAGAAAGUGGAACGAGGUCAACGACUUCUCCGAGCCCAGUUACCCUACAGGGCCUGCCGACUUCAUCACACUUUUGGAAGAUGGCGUGAAGCUCCCAAGCGCUCAGCCAGGACCAGAGCCCGACUUGAAGGGCAAGGUGGCUCUUGUUACAGGUGGUGGCAACGGUCUCGGUCGCGCGUACUGUUUGCUGUUUGCCAAGUACGGAGCCUCUGUCGUCGUGAAUGAUCUGGUUAACCCCGACCCUGUUGUCGAUGAGAUCAAGAAGGCCGGUGGAAUUGCCGUAGGUAACAAGGCCUCCUGCGAAGACGGCGAGGCAGUCGUCAAGUCUGCUAUCGAUGCAUUUGGGCGUAUCGAUAUUCUUGUGAACAAUGCAGGUAUCCUGCGUGACAAGGCCUUCCACAACAUGGACGACAGCCUAUGGAAUCCAGUCAUCAACGUCCACUUGCGUGGAACUUACAAGGUGACCAAGGCCGCCUGGCCUUAUUUCCUGAAGCAGAAGUACGGGCGUGUUGUCAACACGGCAAGCACCAGUGGUAUCUACGGUAACUUUGGACAAGCAAACUAUGCUGCAGCGAAACUCGGCAUUCUUGGAUUUUCUCGCGCCCUUGCUGUCGAAGGUGCCAAGUACAACAUCAAGGUCAAUACGAUCGCUCCUAACGCCGGUACUGCAAUGACUGCCACCAUUCUUCCCGAGGAACUGGUCCAAGCAUUCAAGCCUGACUAUGUCGCCCCAUUGGUCGUGCUUCUUUCUUCUGACUUAGUGCCCGGUUCAGGCACCAAGGGUCUCUACGAGUGUGGAAGCGGAUGGUUCAGCGCCACUCGCUGGCAACGUAGCGGUGGCCAUGGGUUUCCUGUGGAUGUGAAGCUGACGCCAGAGGCGAUUGUCUCCCACUGGAAACAGAUUACUGACUUCGACGAUGGUCGUGCAGACCAUCCGGAGGACUCCCAGUCUGGCUCAGAACGGGUGCUCGCCAACAUGUCUAACCGUCAGAAUGAUGGCGAGUCCGAGGCAGACGGCGACAACUCCAUUUUGAAAGCCAUUGAGAAGGCCAAGACCCUGACAUCUGAUGGUACAGUCUACGAUUAUACCGAUCGUGAGGUUAUCCUCUACAAUCUCAGUCUGGGUGCCAAGCGCACUGAUCUUCCCCUUGUCUAUGAAAAUGAUGAAAACUUCCAGCCUCUGCCUACCUUCGGCGUUGUUCCCUACUUCAACGCUGAUAUUCCAUGGAGCUUCGAUGAGAUCGUGGCCAACUUCUCGCCCAUGAUGCUGCUUCAUGGCGAGCAGUACCUUGAGAUCCGCAAAUACCCAAUUCCGACACAGAGCAAGACGGUGACCUACCCCAAACUCAUUGAUGUUGUGGACAAGGGCAACGCCGCUAUUGUCGUGAUGGGCUACACAACCAAAGACGCAAGCACCAAGGAGGACCUCUUCUACAACGAAACUACAGUGUUCAUCCGCGGAAGUGGCGGCUUUGGCGGAUCUGCGAAGCCAACUGCUCCCCGUCCUAAGGCAGCCGUGGCUCCUUACAAGCCACCCCAGCGGAAGCCGGACGUGGUCGUUGAGGAGAAGACAUCAGAAGAUCAAGCCGCCUUGUAUCGUCUCAACGGCGACCGCAACCCUCUCCACAUUGAUCCUGAGUUUAGCAAGGUCGGCGGCUUCAAGACUCCCAUCCUUCAUGGUUUGUGCUCGCUGGGCGUUUCCGGAAAGCAUGUCUAUGGCAAGUUCGGUCAAUUCAAGAACAUAAAGGUCCGCUUUGCCGGUGUUGUUCUACCUGGCCAGACAUUGAGGACGGAGAUGUGGAAGGAAGGAAACACCGUCAUCUUCCAGACCACGGUUGUGGAGACAGGCAAGCCGGCUAUUACUGGGGCUGGCGCGGAGUUGGUCGAAGGAGCCAAGGCCAAGCUGUAAAAGUAGUACUUCGUAGUUUGUCAUAUUCAUGCCGGUUGGACACGAGCUAUCUUAUUUUGGUUUAUUUUGACUGCCAGCUACUUCAGAAUGUACAUGUAAUGGGA